CGGUUUUCCACUGUAGGUCUCAGCACUGAUUGGUUCCCCUUAUAUGUCCCCUUACUUACAGGAACAGUUUGAUCUAAAUGGGAUGCACAAAACUGGAGAUGUGAUUCUUGGUGGACUUUUUGCAAUCAACUUCUUUUCUGAUGAUCUUGAUGUGACUUUUACCUCAAAGCCACAGCUGCCUCCCUGCUAUGGUUUUGAUGUUGUAGGAUUCAGGCUGUCUCAGACCAUGGCCUUUGCUAUUGAUGAGAUCAAUAGAAACUCCAACCUGCUCCCUAAUGUAACUCUGGGAUACAGUCUGUAUGAUAACUGUGUCCAAGUUGGAAUUGGAAUUGGUGCAGCACUGACCUUAGUCAGUGGUCAAGAAGAGCAACUUACAUUAGAAGAGAACUGUGUAGGAACUCCUCCAGUCCUAGGAAUUGUGGGAGAUACAACCUCUUCAAAUUCUAUAGCCAUUUCUGCAGUCUUAGGUUUGUACAGAAUGCCUUUGGUAAGUUAUUUUGCCACAUGUUCCUGCCUGACUGACCGACAAAAGUUUCCAUCCUUCUUUAGAACGAUCCCAAGUGAUGCUUUUCAGGUGAAUGCUAUGAUUCAGAUUCUAAAACACUUUGGUUGGACUUGGGCAGGUCUUCUCAUCAGUGAUGAUGAUUAUGGAGUCCACGCUGCCCGAUCCUUUCACUCUGAUCUGGGUCCAGCUGGAGGUUGUCUGGCUUACACUGAGAUUUUGCCUCAGGGUUAUGACCCUGCUGAACUAAGGAGAAUAGUGGAUGUGAUGAGGAAAUCUACAGCUCGAGUGGUGAUUGUGUUUGCACAUCAGAGUCGCACGAUUAACUUCAUGAACGAGGUGGUGAGGCAGAAUGUGACAGGCCUGCAGUGGAUUGCCAGUGAAGUUUGGUCAUCAAUUGAUGUGUUCCAGACUCCUCACUUCAUGCCGUACCUGGGUGGAACACUGGGCAUCUCCAUCCGUCGAGGAGAAAUACCAGGACUCAGAGACUUCCUGUUACAAAUACGUCCUGAACUACAUCACAACAACACAGAUGGAAACAGUAUGGUGAAUCAGUUUUGGGAACACACAUUUCAGUGUAGAUUUGCACCACCUCCAGCAGGUUGGGUGGAAGCUGGAGGAGAAUUAUGCACUGGACAGGAGGUUAUAGAGAAUGUGGAGAAUGAAUUGGUGGAUGUUUCAAACCUCAGACCAGAGUAUAAUGUGUAUAAGGCUGUGUACGCUCUGGCGUAUGCUCUUGAUGACAUGCUGCAGUGUGAGCCAGGGAGAGGACCUUUCAGCAACAACACCUGUGCUCAUUUACAAAGACUGGAGCCAUGGCAGCUUGUAUAUUACUUGGAAAAAGUCAACUUCACCACAACAUUUGGUGAUCAAGUGUCAUUUGAUGAGAACGGUGACGCCUUACCAAUAUAUGACAUCAUAAACUGGGUGUGGCUCCCUGAUGGAAGAACUAAAGUUCAGAGAGUGGGUGAGGUUAAGAGGUCAGCCUUCAAAGGUGAAGAACUCACACUGGAUGAAGACAUAAUCUUCUGGAACUUUGAAUCCAAACAGCCUCCUCGGUCAGUGUGCAGUGAGAGUUGUCCUCCAGGUACCCGCAUGGCCAGAAAGAAGGGGGAACCUGAGUGUUGUUUUGACUGUGUCCCUUGUUCUGAGGGAAUGAUCAGCAGCACAACUGACUCCAUGGAGUGCACCAGUUGUCCAGAAGAUUUCUGGUCCAGCCCCCAGCUUGACCACUGUGUUCCUAAGAAAACAGAGUUCCUCUCCUACCAUGAGCCUCUGGAUACAGUGGGGAUGCCUUCAACUAUCUGCAAGAGUGCACCAUACUGGACCCAAGGUUCCGGACUCUACCUCAGCUAGACCAUGACCAGUGUGAGGCCGUCUUCCUGAGGUUACAGAACAAGGCAGAACAGUUGCUGCAAAAACAGACCAUAGCUGAGGAGAGGGAAGAAGGGGCAGCAGGUGGAGCUCACUGUCCCACACGCGGUAGAGAGGUGAGAGAUGAUGAGCCCGAAGUGACAGAACCUGCUCCCAAAAAGACAACACUUCCCUAACGACCUGUUAGGGAACUCUUUCUCUACUGAGCCAGAGGAGUCCAACAGUUCAAAACAGGCUGAGAGGGAAGUUGAAAACUACAGAAAAGAGGCCUCUAUCCCUCUCAGUGGCUGCCCUCUGAAGUGGUGGCAAGAAAACUGCUUUGCUGUCACAUCUUGCCAAAGCGUGCCUUUCUGUCCCUGCUACCUCUGUUCCAAGUGGGCACAUCUUUUCAACAGCAGGAGACAUAGACAAUGCAUAAAGAUCCCAACUGCUGCCAGAGAAUGUGGACAUAUUCUUAAAAAAGAAUAUGGCUGUGUAGUUGCAGCAAAUUGUCAGUGACAUACUUGUUCAGGUUCUGUUUGCACUAUUUGCAGUCUGUAUUGACAGAGUAGAACUUUGGUUUGAUUUUGCACAUAAUAUUGUUUGCACUGAAAAAAAGAAAGAAAUAUUUAAUUUUAUUUUAACUUUUAUAAAUGUUAGUUUUAGUUUAAAUUUGUGGAAGAAGAAGUUUAUUAAAAGCUCAUCCUUACAUCAUGCAUAUAAAGAGUUAUAAUAAAACAUUUCAAAAUGCA